AUGGCAGGUGUCGUUCAAGACAAGACUCCAUUGGUGGAGUCGCCUUACUUGCGCUCGCUUCUUGCAGGCGCAGUAGCAGGCACCACCGUCGACACAUCCCUCUACCCCCUCGACACACUAAAGACCCGCCUCCAAUCCUCAUCAGGCUUCCUCGCCGCCGGCGGCUUCCGCGGCGUCUACGCAGGCGUCGGUUCCGCAAUCGUCGGCUCCGCUCCAGGCGCCGCCCUCUUCUUCGUUACCUACGACGGCAUAAAGCGCAAUUUCUCCUCCUCACAACAUACUCCCACACAACAAGCUGGCGUACACAUGGCAGCGGCGAGUCUAGGAGAGGUGGCGGCUUGCGCUGUGCGUGUGCCUACCGAAGUCGUUAAGCAGAGGGCUCAAGCGAAACAAUUCCCGAGUUCUUUGGCUGCGUUCACGAGUAUUCUUGACUUGAGAAAGAGCAAAGGAUAUGGUGUUAUGGCGAGGGAGUUAUAUCGUGGCUGGGGUAUCACGGUCAUGCGUGAGGUGCCUUUCACAGUCAUCCAAUUCCCCAUGUGGGAAGGCAUGAAGAGAUGGGCUGCCAAAAGAGACGGUAGGGAAACUGCUACUGGUCUCCAGUCUGCUGUGUUCGGAAGCAUAUCCGGCGGGAUUGCUGCUGCUCUGACCACACCGUUGGAUGUCUUGAAGACGAGAAUGAUGCUGGCAAAAGAAAGAGUCUCGGCCUCGUCUUUGCUCGGCAAAAUCUACAGAGAAGAAGGUAUGAAAGCCUUCUUCAAAGGUGUCGAACCUAGAGUCACUUGGAUCAGUAUCGGCGGUGCUGUGUUCCUCGGAAGUUACCAGUGGGCAAGCAAUGCACUGGGCGGUGUCAGUUGA